UGUUCGGCACCACUACUCGACUUCCACCCCAAAGACCGGCACCUCAAGAAAUGGCUGCCCAGUGUGUCACGAAGGUGGAGCUGAACGUUUCCUGUAGCAAUCUUAUGGAUACAGAUGUAGGGUCAAAGUCAGACCCUUUAUGUGUAUUAUUUCUGAAUACAAGUGGUCAACAGUGGUAUGAGGUUGAACGCACAGAAAAGAUUAAGAAUUGCUUGAAUCCCAAAUUUUCCAAGACAUUUAUUAUUGAUUACUACUUUGAAGUUGUUCAGAAAUUGAAAUUUGGGGUUUAUGACAUCGACAACAAAACUAUUGAGCUGAGUGAUGAUGACUUCUUAGGAGAAUGUGAAUGUACUCUUGGACAAAUUGUUUCCAGUAAGAAGCUAACUCGACCACUGGUGCUUAAAAAUGGCAAACCUGCAGGGAAAGGGAGCAUUACGAUUUCAGCUGAAGAAAUAAAGGAUAAUAGAGUGGUCUUGUUUGAAAUGGAAGCCAGAAAACUGGAUAAUAAAGUAGAGUGUUAUGAUUAUGACAAUGAUGGGUCACAUGAUCUCAUUGGAACAUUUCAAACCACCAUGACAAAACUGAAAGAUGCCUCCAGAAAUUCACCUAUUGAAUUUGAAUGCAUAAAUGAAAAAAAGAGGCAGAAGAAAAAAAGCUACAAGAAUUCAGGUGUUAUCGUUGUGAAACACUGUGAGAUUACAGUAGAAUGCACAUUUCUUGACUAUAUCAUGGGAGGAUGUCAGCUGAAUUUUACUGUGGGAGUGGACUUCACUGGCUCCAAUGGUGACCCAAGGUCUCCAGACUCCCUUCAUUACAUCAGCCCCAAUGGUGUUAAUGAGUAUUUGACGGCUAUCUGGUCUGUGGGACUGGUCAUUCAAGAUUAUGAUGCUGAUAAGAUGUUUCCAGCUUUUGGUUUUGGAGCUCAGAUACCUCCUCAGUGGCAGGUAUCACAUGAAUUUCCAAUGAAUUUUAACCCAUCCAAUCCCUAUUGUAAUGGAAUCCAAGGCAUUGUAGAUGCGUACCGGGCUUGUCUUCCUCAGAUAAAACUCUAUGGACCAACUAAUUUUUCUCCAAUCAUAAAUCACGUGGCCAGAUUUGCUGCUGCAGCCACACAACAGCAAACAGCUUCUCAAUAUUUUGUGCUCUUGAUCAUUACUGAUGGUGUGAUCACAGACCUUGAUGAAACCAGACACGCUAUAGUUAAUGCUGCCAAGCUACCCAUGUCCAUCAUCAUCGUUGGAGUUGGAGGUGCUGACUUUAGUGCCAUGGAGUUUCUGGAUGGUGAUGGUGGAAGUCUUCGUUCCCCAUCGGGAGAGGUGGCCAUCAGAGAUAUUGUCCAGUUUGUGCCUUUCAGACAGUUCCAGAAUGCUCCGAAAGAAGCACUUGCUCAGUGUGUGUUGGCAGAAGUUCCCCAGCAGGUGGUGGGCUACUUCAACACCUACAAACUGCUUCCUCCCAAGAACCCAGCUACGAAAUAAGAGGAGCUGUGACCACUUCAAUAGAAUUCUUUUGUGCUGUGUGGAGCAAUGCCACCUUUUACCCAGAAUCGUGUAUCUGUCAUUUUAUGUACUCUUCACCUCCAGCAUUUAUGAUGUAGAUCCAGUUUUCUAUGGAUUGUAUCUGUUUAAAGCAUUCUUUUUUCCUUUUUUGGAGUGAUAGUGCCACAUCCAUCUUUGCCCAAUCAAUUCAGUGAUUACUAGUGAUUUACAGUAAUUGCAGUGAGGCUAUUUGGAUUAGAAA